AUGAGAGAUCAGAUGGAUGUGAUGUGCUGUAAAUCACUGAAGAAAGAGGUGGCGUUACUGGAGUCAAAGCUCAGACAGAGAGAUGAACUCAACACAAAGGAUGUAUCUGGUGUCUCUCUCUGUGGCUUUACUGAUCAAACAUCUACAGAUCUUCUGGUUUCUGUCUGUAAUGAAGACCAGAAGACAUCAGUGAAUCUGCUGGACUGUGGGAUAGAAGUGAAACAAGAAGACACAGAAGCAGAUGAAGACCUGAUGAAGCCAAAAGAAGAAAUUACAAAUGCAAGAGAACAGACAGAUCAAGAUCUGAAAUUAGUAAAGGAGGACAUUUCACAACUCAAUGAAAUGGAGGAGAAACCUCAUCAUUUGAUACCCAAGGAAGAAUCUCUGAGCUGUUCGAUAACUGUGAGGAAUUUUUCCCCUAAAAGAAACAACAAGCAAAGGGCAAAAGUCAAAGAUGCUUUUAAGUGCCCUCAGUGUGGAAAGACCUUUACAUAUAAAUAUAUGCUUAAUAAUCACAUAAGAAUCCACACUGGAGAAAAACCUUACACCUGUGAUCAGUGUGGAAAAACCUUCAAUAGAAAAUGGCAUUUAAGUGAUCACACAAAAAUUCACACUGGAGAAAAGCCUUACAGAUGUGAUCAAUGUGGAAUGAGUUUUCUUCGUAGGUUUAAUCUCAACGUGCACGUAAGAAUUCACUCUAGAAAAAAACCUGGCACAUGUGAUAAGUGUGGAAAGAGUUUCAUUCGUAAGACUGACCUUAAUCAGCACAUACAAAUUCACACUGGAGACAAACCUUACAGAUGUGAUCAAUGUGGAAUGAUUUUUCUUCGUAGGUUUAAUCUCAACUUGCACAUAAGAAUUCACACUGGAGAAAAACCUUAUAGCUGUGAUCAGUGUGGAAAGAGUUUCAUUCAUAAGACUGACCUUAAUAGGCACAUGAGGAUUCACACUAAAGAAAGGCCUUAAAAUACCCCUACUACAGUGAUUUUCGUAUUUGAAAAGUUCAGAUGCAAAAACCACUAAACGCAACCUCGGUCAAAAAUGAGAUGAUGAUAUUAACCGAAUGCUUUUGGCAUGUAUUAUACGUUCAUCAAGUAGUUUUGCUUCAAAUCCACUUAAUCCCAGUCUCAGGCCAUUCAGAAAUACCAGUUUGUUGGCAGAAUUCAUUAAGAGUCUGAUAGAAAUUUAAUUUUUAUAAGAAAACACAUCAGGGUGGUUCUAGACCAGUAAUUCUCAAAGUGUGGUCCGCCAAAAGAUGACCUAAACUAGGCAAGUGAAUGCACUUGCGAAACUGUGAUAUCAGUUCUUGCCUUUCUGUUUCAAUAACGUAAAAUGGAUCGGUUGGUUAAACCACAGAGGAGUAAAAAUAAAAGAUCAAGCGUCAACUGAAGGCAGCUAAAAUCCACAGAUCUAUUAGUUUUGAAAUGUAAUAGUUUUUGUUCAUGUGUAAAAUCCCUGUAAUUUCAGUUAUUUUGGACAUUAAGGGGAACAUUUUUUUUCAGUAUUUUAUUGUUACCAUAGUUACAACCAUAGACUUCAUAUACCCACCACCUCAGUUUUAAACUAAUGGCUCUUUAUGACAUUAAGUGGGACCUAGGCUGUUACAGUAUGUUUAAUUGCAUUUUUUUUCACACGUGCAGUUUGUUGUUCAUAUUAAGCUGCAACUCAUUUCACAUUUACUUUUUCAGAUGAAAUAAAAUUCAUAUAAUAAUUUCUGAA